AUACCGCCGCCAUCCUCUUCGCCUACCCCGCAGCCCUCCUAGACGCGCUCCCUGCAUACAGAUCCACCCCUCCCAGCCCGUGCAAGCACCCGGCUCGUCGCCUGCUGAUCCUCCUUUGACACAGGCUCACCGCGGAGGCAGCAGCGAGGUGUCCGAUUUGGGCACGUGAGGCCCCGAGACCCGGGGCAGCAGACGCCAGCUAGGGCAAGGCCAUUGGCAUGAAGACCCCCAACGCACAGGAGGCCGAAGGGCAACAAACCAGAGCAGCUGCAGGACGGGCUACUGGGUCUGCAAACAUGACGAAGAAAAAGACCUCCCAAAAGAAGCAGAGAGGCAGACCUUCGUCCCAGUCCCGCAGGAACAUCGUGGGCUGCAGAAUUUCACAUGGAUGGAAGGAAGGUGAUGAGCCCAUCACCCAGUGGAAAGGAACCGUUCUGGAUCAGGUGCCUAUAAAUCCCUCUCUUUAUCUGGUGAAAUAUGAUGGAAUUGACUGUGUCUAUGGACUGGAACUUCACAGAGAUGAAAGAGUUUUGUCUCUUAAAAUUCUUUCCGACAGGGUGGUAUCAUCUCAAGUCGGUGAUCCCAACCUUGCAAACACCAUAAUUGGUAAAGCUGUGGAACAUAUGUUUGAGGGUGAGCAUGGUUCCAAGGAUGAAUGGAGGGGGAUGGUCUUAGCCCAAGCACCUAUCAUGAAAGCCUGGUUUUAUAUUACCUAUGAGAAAGAUCCUGUCUUGUACAUGUACCAGCUUCUAGAUGAUUAUAAAGAAGGAGACCUCCGUAUCAUGCCAGAGUCCAGUGAGUCUCCUCCAGCAGAGAGGGAGCCAGGAGGAGUUGUAGAUGGCCUGAUAGGUAAACAUGUGGAAUAUACCAAAGAAGAUGGCUCCAAACGGAUUGGCAUGGUCAUUCACCAAGUGGAAGCCAAACCCUCUGUGUAUUUCAUCAAGUUUGAUGAUGAUUUCCACAUCUAUGUCUAUGAUUUGGUGAAAAAGUCCUAACUGUUAGGGUAAACUUUGCCACAUUUGUGAAAAACAAAUGUAUACUUUGUAGACUUGCAAAACAAUGUUGCUUUUCAGUGUAUUGCAAGCUUAAGGGUCCCUGUUAAUUCAACAUCUUUGCCAGCAUAACUGUUGUUUUGUUUCUGAAAAAUACAAAUUUAUGUGGACAUGA